AAUGGAGGUGAUGGAGGUAUGCUUAAGUUUGGCUCUAGUCUAGCUUGUCUUAAUAGGGAUUUUUUUAAAAUUUUUAUAAUCAUAUCUUGGUAUUAUGAAUACGAUUUGAUGAACUCUUUAGCAGCAAAUCUUAAAGAAUAAUAAUAUAAUAGUAAAAAUGGUUUUGUUUUCCAUUUGGUGACCAAAGUGGACAAAAUUUAGAUAUUCUAAAUACUAAUUAGGCUGUCCAAUUAGUUCUGGCACAUAAGUUUCAUAUCCUGGAAGGCUGGAACUGCUAUAGAAAAAAAAAUCUUGUACUCUUUGAUGCAUAAUUAAUAUUGUUGGUGGGUGCAUUCAACUAAACUUUCCCUCUUAGUUUUUUUCCCCCCUACUUUACUUCCUUUUGAAGGACUCAUUGGAGGUAAGGAAAUUAUGUUUCACAGAUUCUAAAGGAAUUAAAACUUCAAAGAGUAAGAAGAAAAACAGAAGAAGAAAAGAGCUGCAAAAGAACAGCUCUUCAAAUGAGGACUCUAAAAAUAAUAAGGAGUCAGAUGGUCUCAGUUCUGUAUGCCGUAAUGCUGAGUCUGGUAAGAAACUUUGGCCCAGUAUAGGUGACACUUCAAAUUUACAAGAUGUUGAAGAUGACAUUUUUACAAAUAAGAAUGAGUUUGAUGAUGGUGACGUUGAUGAUGAGAUUGAUCCAGCAUUAAAGGAAGAAAUAGAUAGGGAGGUUGAAGACUUUGCCCGUAGAUUGAAUUCAGACUGGCCUGAGAGGAUGCAGGAGAUUCUUUCGUUGGGUCAGGAAAGGAAUCCAGCAAACUGUACCAUUAAUGGCGAUGGUUCCGUAAAAAGAUAUGAAGGUAUGUAUGAUGCUCCCCCUUAUAUUGUUAUAUAAAUUUUUUGUAGGGGCCGUCUUUAACCCUCAAUCCCCUCUUUUCCGUUUUUCUCAACUCUUUCUUUCUCCCUAGUGCCUCAACUAUUUCCAUCUAUUGUUGAUUUCCAUCUCGAAAGUACUCUUGAUUGAUGAACUAGAGACAGCCAGCAGAGUAUAUGCUGUAUAGGAUUUGAGCUUUGAGCCAAAUAACUAACAAAAGUAUUGGUUUGCAUGGAGAAAACCAGAUACAGAGCAAAAGUGAGUUUGCAGUAAGGAUGCCCCCUCAGAUUGGUCUGGGGCCCAAACAAUUUUGUUCAUAUGCUAAUUCAGGAGUGGGUGAAGGUAACCUAGAAGAGUUGGGAUCCCAUCAAUGUGGAUCCCCAUGAAAGAAUUUUUUUUUUUUUAUUUUAAUUUUUCCCUUCUUUUGUGGUUAGCCAGAUGCAAUUUUCAUUGGGGGAAAUCUCUUGUAUUUUCAACAAGGAAAAGGAAUAAGAAGAAAACCGUGUUUCAUUG